AUGGCAGCAGUAAGCGCGGCGAUGUAUCGGCCCGGGGGCGCGCUCGACCCCCCGUGCUACGCCACGCAGAGGAUAUACGAAACACCAGAGAAUACGCGGCCAAAGAAAUGGUCAUCAAAACUAAAGCUGAACACAUCAGGGAGCUCUAAAUCAUCAGAGAAAUCUCCCGAAAGUCCAUAUAUGUACGGCACUGUAAAUGGCCCGCCGGUAUCUGCACUGUCAAAAUCUAUGAAAUAUGCCGAAACGUGGCUGUAUGGUUCAGUAAGGACUCCAACAUCUCCCGUUAGACCCAGCGUCUUUUCCACUUACCCUGAAGUUUCAGGCCCUGUACUUAUUAGUACGCCACAAAAACCAACUCCUCAUAACUAUGCAGUUAUACUAUGUUCCUGUCCUGAGUACUUAAAUGGUACCAAAAAAACCAACUCAACCAAAGUCAGUAUAUGUAAAAAAUGUAAAGGAUCGCGUUUGCCAUUAACAAUUGCUGAAAGCCCCCGAAUGUUAGUAGGCGGAACUGUGAGAGGCCAUCAAGUUAGUCGAGACACUGGUUUAUUAAGGGCUGGGACAGUCCGAGUGCAAAAUACUAAAGCAAGACCUAGUAUACUUAAGUCGAAUGGAGACCCCGCUGAUCCAUAUGACUUAAUGAGAAGAAGUCGUCUAGCACCGCCUCAUGAAACACGAAUUGGCAGUCAAUUUUCUACAACACGAUCUAGAGCUAAAAGUAUCAGUCCUUGUAGAAUUAAAAAUAAAAAUGUAGUUCCAGAAACUUUUGGAAAAAGUAGAAGUAAAUCCGUAAGUCGCGUCAAUGAAAUAUGGGUUGAUGAAGAUGCUAACACUAAUGAGUAUAAAAAAUCAAUAUUAUCAUGUGACAUCAAUCCAUAUGACUUAGUAAAGUCGAGCGUUAGCUCAAAAUCGUUGGCUGAAAUCGAAUUCGAUGACGACUUUGGAGAUGUGUUUCAAGAGUCAUUAAAAAAUAAAAUUUUUAAAGAAAUAAGACAUUCAAAGUCCGACUCUAACGUAAAAGCUAUAAGUGGACAACGAAUACGAGUUUCAAAUGAGACCAAAAUCAGUAACGAAGAAACAUCCGCAUAUAAACUCGACGAUGAUCUCAAAAACUGUCAAUCUAAAUCUCAAGAUGUAUCCUCAACUUUGUCUUUACCAAAUAUUAAAAAUGAAAGCAAAAAAUUUGUAUCAUUAAGUAAGAAUAGCAGUAAAAAAAUAUUAAAUAUAUCCACCUCAAGUCGUACAAAGCCCAAAAGUGUUUCUCCCAAACGUCCACCGAGAAGAAAUAGAAGUAUCAAAAUAGAGGACGAUAGUGAAAGUGAUAAUCAGAAAUUACCAGAGAGAAAUUGUAAUAGAAAAAUAACGUAUGAGUCGUCUCGUAAUUCUAAAUAUAAGAAUCUAAACAAUGAUCCUAUUAAAUCUAUCCUUAAAAAACCUAAGAAUUACAACGGACAUGAUUCAAACACUAAAACUGAGACGGCAGAUGAUUCAUAUGAUAGUAAGCGUACAAACUCUUCACAAUUUUAUCUUCCUAAACCUAACGAUAAAGGAUUGAUCUCACCUCAAAAUAUAAUACACAGGAAACGCGUACAAUUCUUAGUAGAAAACGAAGAAACUAAAGUAAUUUACACUGCGGAAUUAAAUUUACACGAUAACAUUGUAAGUAAUAACUCUGAAAGUUUUCAUAGUGAACACGAAGAAGUGAUUGCCGAAGGUGAUAUUGUUAGCCAUAGCUUAAAUGAAAUAAAUGAUGUAAAGGCCCUUGAAGCACUAUCACAACAAAUUGAAAAUAAUGAAACUGUUAUAGAAUCGGAGAGUUUAAAUAAAGAAGAUAAUAGCAAAUCCAUUAUUCAAGAAAACGGCGAGAAUAUUUUAACAACCAAUGAUGCUAAUAAUACCCAUAACCUUAAAACAGAAGAUAAUAAUAUACCUAAAAUACCAGUACUGCGACGAUCCGAAUCUGAAAGACUGAGCUCCAUUUUAUCUAUCUCACCGCCGAAAUUUUUAGACACUAUGGCUUUGCGUACUAAACCAAAGUAUGGACAUACAAGUCAAGUAUUUUUUAAAUCUGUCAGUGAAAAAAAUUUGGAAAAUGAAAUUAAUUUCUCAGUAACGCAAGAAACAAAUAAUGAAUUGGAGUCUCAACAUUAUUCCAAAGAUGAUGAAGAACAUGAAAAUUUGAGUGACAGUAGUGAAAUCACAAGCAAGGUUUUAAAAAACUUAAGACAUGGUUUAUCAACCUCACCAGAACCACCACCCAGAUUAAAAUCAAAAGAUCGUAGUAAAUCAAAAAAACAGAACUAUGUAAAAACUCGUUUUAUUAGAACUAACUCUUCGAGUUCAACGAGCGAUGAGUGGUCCGAUGCAAAUGAAUUUGAACAGAAAACUGUUUUGAGGGUUAAACAAUUUGAUUCUGAUGAAGCAGAUGACCGAAGUGAAAACAAAAAGCUUUUGCACAUUGUAGAUAACGAACCCAAAAAGACUUCCAUACAAAUAAAUGGAAGUGAGUGUUAUUCUACAAUGAACGUAGGCAACGACACUCCAAUUUAUUUAUCAUCAGUUGUUGUAAACGACGAUUAUGGAAAUACUUGCAAUACAUAUCAAACAGGUACUACUGUAACUAUCAGUGUUGGAAGCCCACAAAAAGAAAUGAAAAAAUCUAAAAGUCAGAUUUAUAUUGGAGCCAUCUUUUCUGAUAUAGAAAAAAAUAAAGAAGAGCCCAACACAUAUGAAGAUAUUUGUAGUGAUUCUAAUAAAAACUAUGAAAUAACAAGUCCUUUAAAAGACAGUAAUAUAAAUGAUAUGUCGUCAAUAUUGAGUGACCCUGUAGAAGCAGUUAAAAGAAAUUUAAUUCCUCACGUAUGUGGUAAACCUUAUGAUACAUUAGAAAAUUCUAACAAUACAAAACAGGAAAAUAGCGACAAUGUUACAGAAAAUGAAGGUGAAAACGGAAGCUUUGUAACAAAAUUAUUUAACGAUCCUUUCUUCGGUCACUUGGCGGAAGGGCUAGAUACAGAGUUAGUCAAAAAGCUUAUUGAAAACUCGUUAAUAAAACUCCAGGAAACAAAAAAUAAGGAAGGAACUGAUAGUAGCAAAGCAACUAUUGAAAAGCUUAUUGAAAGUUCUCUUAAGAAUAUGAAAAGCGACCUUUCAAGGGAUUCUAAAAACGAAACACCGAAAAAGAGUGAAAUUAUUUCUAACAAAGAGGAAGUUAACACAACUGGACCAGAUAAUGACGACAAUGGCUGCUCUGCUCCUUAUGAAAGUAUGGAGUAUGAGAGUGGUACAAUGGGAGUUUUUUCUGACCUAGAACCAAUGUCAGACUGUUACAAUGCUUCAGCAAGUGAGCUAUCUACUGAAGAUGAUACAAACUCAACUAGAUCCAAAUUUUAUCAAAUGUUAGUAGACGCUGCUUUAUGUGAUAUUGAAAUUUCAAACACUACAGAUGAUGAUCACCUUUAUGAGUCAAUUCGGUUAAAUACUGACCCAAUUUAUGAAGAAAUUGGAGAUAUGCCACCACCUUUACCCGUCAAUCCACCUCCCAAUUCACUUUUGACACAUGAAGAUGAAAAACGUAGCGGGUCGCGUUCAAUUUUUGAAGGAGCAUCUAAAUACGACAUCUUGUCGUAUUUGGUAGAUGCUAAAGAAAGGGGUAUUGAUGAUGAAGAUACUUAUAUAACUAGUUACGGCAAUGAAAGUGAUUCAUCCGCAUUAGUUGAAGAGUCAAAAGAUAAAAAGGAUAGUGAAUUAGUAAAAAAUCAUUUGAGUAGUAACACAAGUCAGUUGUCAAGCUCAUCUGAUUCUAGUGAAGACAAUUCAUUGAUAAUUAAUCAUGAAGCGUUAGAAAAACCCGUUGUGUGUAAAAGAACAUCAGCAGAAAUUGAAAGAAAUGAUUCCGGCGUUGGUUCUGAGACAAGUAAAUCAUCUAGAAGCAGACUUCAAGGAAAGAUUUCACCAUGUAAUACUCUUACAGAGAAAAACGCACCCAUUCAUAUUUGUGAAGAUUGUGACACUGCUGUGGAAACGCAAGUCACUGAGCAAGGUUCAGUGUAUGCUCCCUUAGUAUGUCGAAAGUGUGCCAAAAAGAGAACAGAGAGAAAGGAAAUCAUUACAGAGAUUGUGGAAACUGAAGAAAAAUAUGGAAGAGACCUUCAAAUCAUUCUAGAAGAGUUUUACAAACCAAUGUUAGUAGCUGGCCUUCUGACUCAAGAGCAAUUAAGUGCUAUUUUUUUAAACGUAGAAGAGUUAAUAGAAAAUAAUCAAGUGCUAUCAGAAAAACUUAGAGAUGCACUUGAAAUAGCAGUCGAACAGGGUGACGAGGACUUGCUGACGGUUAACGUUGGGAAGAUUCUCUUGGAUUGCUCUGGUAUGCUGACAGCGUUCCAAUCAUAUUGUGUAAAGCAAGCGGGUGCGGCAUUACUUCUAGCAGGCCUUGAAAAGGAAAAAGAACUCCUAAGGAUAUUUUUACGCGUCUCGCAAAUGGAGAAUACAGUUUUGAGGCGAAUGAAUUUGAAUUCAUUUCUUAUGGUGCCAGUUCAACGCGUGACCAAAUAUCCUCUUCUCCUCUCAAGGUUAUAUCGUGCAACGGCAUCAUGUGCAUCCGAAAGAGAAGAUGUGCGAGGGGCUCAGCGCUGCGUAGAGUCUAGACUUGAAGAAAUUAAUGCGGCCGCGGCAGCAGCAGCUGCGGCGGCAAGGGAUGUGCCAUUGUGGAGAAGAUUAGCAGCUGCUAGACGUACAGCUCAUGAUUUACAUGUAGCUGAUAUACGGCUAAGAAAGAUGGCGGUUGAUGUCUUAGACUGGAAUCAUGAUGAUGCUAGAUUCGCAAUGGAAGGCAAACUGCUGUUCACGCAACCAAAUGAUAAUAACUGGCGCAAGGGACGCACCAUCAAGCUAAUGCCGAUAAAUGCGCUUUUGGUUACUAACGGAAAGCCAACGACUACUCACAAAACGAACGAGAUCCGAGAGACGAGAGAGGCUAGAGAUCGCGAAGCAAGAGAAAAAGAGGGAGAAGCUCUCUUCGCGCGUAGUGGCGUGAGGGAGGCAGCUCUCCUGCUCGUUCGAGAGAAAGCCGGGCGAUACACUCUUCAACGUGAACCAUUGUUCCUGGACCGCUGCGUUGUUGCCGCUGAUCACGAGCCCGAGCAUUUCUUUGAAGUACAUGAGAUCACUACUAAAGAUUCAUAUAUUUUUAAGGCUGAUGAAAACACUCGUACGAGAACUUGGUAUCGACAGCUACAGUAUCACGCACAAGGCGCUGGGGCUUGGCGUAAGCGACGAAAUGCACUCGCUAAUAUAAUGAUAAAUCCAAUGUUAACAAGAAAUUAA